AUGGAGAGCGAAGCCAUGGCUCGUGGACGAGUUACCCUAAGAAGCACGUCAACCUGGCGCCAAACUUGGGAGGCCAAUAUCGACGAGGGAACUGAAUACUCUCCAGAGGACGCUGCAUAUUCUAACUUAGAAGACAAAAGACUAAAGCACGCCGAAAGACAGCGUGCUGCCCAAAGCAAGGGCGUCCAGCUCGGGACCUGGAUAGACUCUCAGGUCCUCCAAGAAGACAGAAAGCACGCCGUCACCGGAUUCAUAGAUACCGUAGGCCGCCUACAAACCCACGUUCUGCCGGAAACAAAGCACGGAGAGUCGUUGGCCUCGGAGUCCCCCCUGCCCCCUGGCUCCGGCAGGUGCUGGAUCAGGUUUUCCAAAAUCAAGUUUUCCGAGCACCUACACGGCCUGGAUCACUUGCAAAUAAAGGAAUAUAUCCGCGUUCUAAGCGAAUCCAGAGAAACCAGGGGCCGCGUUCCGGGCGACGAGGCGGCGGCCGUACAAGCGGCCAAGUACCGCCUCUCCAAGGACCCGAAUUGGGUCAAGUCCAAGAAGCGUUAUAUCGCGUACAGUGAUGCCGAGAGCGGGCUUGCCCGGGUCCGAUCCUCACGAGCUGCCGCGGUGCAUUGGGGCCGGACUGGGCCGCUGCCUGUCCAUUCCCUUCACUGCGAGGCUAGGACUCGCGAGCGCCAGUUGCAGGACGUGGGGGUAACCAAGGAGGCUGAAGUGUUGGCACAUGGCGGAAAUGGAGUUGCUCAAAACCAGGCAGAUGGUCGGAUGAUGGAUCGAGGGCAGGCGGUAGAGGCUGCCGCAGCCACAUCUUCCACCGGCCGCCGGAUGCUCUUCCGCGAAUGGAAAGAUGUGCAGAGAUUUGACGACAUGUGCGGCGUGCAGGAAACUCCUCGCAGGGGUAAGAGUAUACGUCGUGCCAAGAUGUAUAACGGCAUCACGUAUGAGCGUCAGACGACGGGUGCUUUUAUUGGAAAGCUUGUCUCGCGGGGUUUAUUAAUUCAUAUUGAUGGUGAGGACUACUUGGAGCACCGUGUUCUUGCCAUGCCCGGGUUCUGUUAG